CGCCUCCUUGCCAUCCAUCCAUCAAAGCUGAGCAGCGGCCAAACCAGCCAAUGGAGCCUCCGCGGCUGCACGGGCGUGGGCGGGGCUUGCACGAGCUCAGCCAAUAGGAGGGCGAGAGCCACGGCCUGGAGGAGGGUCUCCGUCCGCACGGCCUGGAGCAGGGCUUCCUCCUCGGGAGCCGCCAAGGAGAGAGAGAGAGAGGCAGGGACAUGACGGUUCUGUGGAGUCACCCCUGGUGUAAUGAGAAACAAACCAGCUUCCAGUGGAUACUGAAGAAUUUGGAAGCCAAAGUGCAGAAAGGAAACAAAUCCUAUAGUAAAAUAAAUCCUCUGAUCUUGCUGAAUUCUUAAACUCACUUUAUAUCAAAAAGGGAAAAACAAGACUCAAGUGUUCAUAUUGAAAUUAUAUAUACAUAAUGCUGUCAACAUGGAGGAGACAGGAUGUAAACAAAAUGAAUGUGGAAACAACUUUGGUCAGCAUGGAAACCAGAAGGGACAUCAGGGCACUCACACUGGGGAGAAACCCUAUGAAUGCCUGGAAUGCGGAAUGAGCUUCAUUCGGAAUGGAAAUCUACGUUCACAUCAGAGGACUCACACUGGGGAGAAACCCUAUACAUGCCUGGAGUGUGGACAGAGCUUCACUCACAGUUCAAGUCUGCGUUCUCAUCAAAGGACUCACACUGGGGUGAAACCUUAUAAAUGCAUGGAGUGUGGAAUGAGCUUCAGUCUGAAUGAAAAUCUACAUUCACAUCAGAGGACUCACACUAGGGAGAAACCCUAUGAAUGCCUGGAGUGUGGAAUGAGCUUUACUCAGAAGGCACAUCUACGUUCGCAUCAAAGGAGUCACACUGGGGAGAAACCAUAUAAAUGCCUGGAGUGUGGAGUGAGCUUCAGCCUGAGUGAAAAUCUACAUUCACAUCAAAGGACUCACACUGAGGAGAAACCAUAUACGUGCCUGGAAUGUGGACAGAGCUUCACUCAUAGUUCAGGUCUAUGUUCGCAUCAAAGGAUUCACACUGGGGAGAAACCAUAUAAGUGCCUGGUGUGUGGACAGAGCUUCACCCAGAAUGGAAGCUUAAAUAGACAUCAAAGGACUCAUACUGGGGAGAAGCCCUAUAGAUGCCUGGAGUGUGGAAAGAGCUUCACUUGUAGUUCAAGUCUCCGUUCACAUCACAGAACCCACACUGGAGAGAAACCCUAUACAUGCCUGGAGUGCGGAAUGAGCUUUACCCAGAUGGGACAUCUACAUUCACAUCAAAGGACUCACACUGGGGAGAAACCCUAUACAUGCCUGGAAUGUGGACAGAACUUCAAUCAUAUUUCUGGUCUACGUUCACAUCAAAGGACUCAUACUGGGGAGAAACCCUAUAAGUGCAUGGAGUGUGGAAUGAGCUUCACUGAGAAUGGAAGUCUACAUAAACAUCAAAGGACUCACACUGGGGAGAAACCCUAUAAAUGCCUGGAGUGCGGAAUGAGCUUCAGUAGUAGUUCAGGUCUACAUUCACAUCGUAGGACCCACACUGGGGAGAAGCCCUAUACAUGCCCGGAGUGUGGACAGAGCUUCACUGAUAGUUCAAGUCUACGUUCACAUCAAAGGACCCACACUGGCGAGAAACCCUUUAAAUGCCUGGAGUGUGGACAGAGCUUCACUUGUAGUCAAAAUCUACGUAGACAUCAUAGAAUUCACACUGGAGAGAAUGGUGAGAACUGACAACUGAGAAUCUUUCUAACAUGUACAAAAGCAACUCGUGUAUAUGUUAGAAACGCAAGCAUAAAGUUGGGACAUUUUAUCAUAUGUGGUGUAUUGUUAAAAAUUUGAACUAAAAUGCAUUCCAUCAUGGAAGUAAUUAAGGUUAAAUGAAACCAAAGUUUUAUUUAUUGAGAAUGCUAGACAAUCAAGUAGACACAAAACAUGGAUAGUUACUGCGAUAUCCUACAAUAAG